AUGACAAGACCCCAUAGCCAUUCUUUAUCACAGCUUAACAAGGUUCUUCCGGUGCCCAUAUCACUAGAGGAUCGAACUCCUGACAGUAGCCAUUUUUUGGAGAACAGCCAUAUCACCGAUGUUUUGGUGGGUGAUUAUCACAUUAUCCUGGGGGAUGGAGGAAGACCUUAUAUCGUGUGGGUGAUACGUAUAAUCAUCAACGGCUCGACUCACAACUCCAUAUGCAUUUACAAGCGGUAUACAGAUAUCGAAAGGUUUCGACAGAUGCUAGUGAAACAGCAUAAGGACGUUGACAUUCCAGAUCUCCCAGUUAAAGAUUCAAUGAGUUUACAGAGAAUGAUGUGGUCCAGCAAUUGGUUGGAAACCCGUAGAAAGGGCCUUCAGUGGUUCAUGACGAAUGUGUUGUUGAACCCCAAACUCCAGCAUUCAAAUGUGGUAACGGAGUUUGUACUUGGUUGA